AGCUGAACGCGGCGGCGGGCGGGUACUCGGGCUCGCCGUGGCCGCCGCUCGAGCUCGACCCGGUGGGAUGGGGACGGAAGCUGUACCCGCCGGCCGCGCCGAGGUCUUCAGGAGGCCUCAUGUUCGGCCUGCACCACCAGGAUGCGGGCGGGCUGCACGCGCAGCCGCGCGGCCCCGUCACGUCGCUCAAAGAAGAGCCGCUCACGCGAGCCUGGAUGACGCCCAGCUCACUAGUUGACAACACCAAUACCGUGGGCGUCGGCCGCGCACACUUCGAGAAGCAGCCGCCGAGCAACCUGCGCAAGAGCAACUUCUUCCACUUCGUGGUGGCGCUGUACGACCGCUCCGGCCAGCCCGUUGAAAUCGAGCGCACCGCCUUCAUCGGCUUCAUUGAAAAGGAUCAGGAAGCCGAAGGCCAGAAGACAAACAACGGCAUCCAAUAUAGGCUACAGUUACUUUACGCUAAUGGUAUCAGACAAGAGCAGGACAUAUUUGUUCGACUAAUAGACUCAGUGACCAAACAGCCUAUAGUGUACGAAGGUCAGGACAAAAACCCCGAAAUGUGCAGAGUUCUGUUAACACACGAAGUUAUGUGCAGUCGGUGUUGUGACAAGAAGAGUUGCGGCAACAGAAACGAGACUCCUUCAGAUCCUGUUAUUAUAGAUAGAUUUUUCCUGAAGUUCUUUUUAAAGUGCAAUCAAAAUUGUUUGAAGAAUGCCGGCAACCCUAGAGACAUGAGAAGAUUUCAAGUGGUAAUAUCAACGCAAGUGAUGGUCGACGGUCCGCUGCUGGCGAUAUCGGACAACAUGUUCGUCCACAAUAACAGCAAGCACGGCCGGCGCGCCAAGCGGCUCGACCCGACUGAAGCGGGUCUAUAUCCCCCACUGCCCGUGGCGACUCCGUGCAUAAAAGCGAUCUCUCCCAGUGAGGGGUGGACGUCAGGCGGCUCAACGGUCAUCAUCGUAGGGGACAACUUCUUCGACGGAUUGCAGGUCGUUUUCGGGACGAUGCUGGUUUGGAGUGAGUUAAUAACGUCGCACGCGAUCCGGGUGCAGACGCCGCCGAGACACAUACCUGGCGUCGUGGAAGUGACCCUAUCCUAUAAGAGCAAGCAGUUCUGCAAGGGGGCGCCGGGCAGAUUCGUCUAUGUUUCGCUGAACGAGCCGACGAUAGAUUACGGGUUUCAGAGGCUGCAGAAGCUCAUACCGAGGCAUCCUGGCGACCCGGAGAAGUUACCCAAGGAAAUAAUCCUAAAAAGAGCAGCAGACUUGGCAGAAGCGUUAUACUCCAUGCCCAGAAACAACCAGCUCGGUCUGGGCGCUCCUCGGUCCCCACCGGCGAGCAUGCCUUUCAACUCCUACACGGGCCAGCUAGCUGUCAGUGUCCAGGAUACGGCAGCAUCGCAGUGGACUGAAGAGGAGUACGCGAGGAGCGGCGGGUCGGUGUCUCCCCGGUACUGCUCGGCCGCGUCUACCCCCCACGCCGCGUCCUACCCGCACCCUCAACACUACCCCGCGCCGCCGACGUCGCUCUUCAACACUACCUCGAUGUCCCUGGGCCCGUAUCAUCCGGCGAACCUGAAUGGACAUUUAUCAUCUGACCAUCACCACUAUAACGCGUAUAACACGAAAGAUAGCGGGCAUUACAGUGAAAGAAACGAGAAUUCAAAAAGCUCGGCUGACUGUCCGGCAAACACUCAUACAAAAUGCACCGCGAGCGAUAUGAAAGGGGAGGAGACUAAAGAGACUAAGCUAAGGAGCGCCUUUGCGGUCGUCAGGCAGAGUCCGCCGCGCGCCGCCAAUUUUCAACAUCAUCAGAACUGGCAACAUCUCGCCGUUCAGUGAAUGGGAGGUCUAGUAUCAUCGCCUUUUAGUGUAAACCCCUUCUCGCUGCCGACGUGUAGCGCGCAGCAGUACGCGCAACAGGCGCAACUAGCCUCCAAGUAACACAACAUGUAACAUUGCAACCACAGCCU